AUUUGCCCGUAGUGUCGAGGUAUCUGUGAGUGUAAUCUAGCUUGAGAUUAUACAGUCGUACCAAAUUUCAUAUUAUUAUUUUGCUGACUGCUGACUUAAAAGGCUAAGAUCAUGGCAGGUCAGUUUCAACUCGAGAUUCUCCUCUUCCUUGGGCUCUUGGCUGCACUCGCCACGCCCCAGACUCCGCCCAUUUCCGGCCACACCCCCCACAUGCUGAAGGCUGAAAGUCUGAACUGUGGUGAUCCGAAGAGAGUCGUUGCCGCUGCGAAUUUCACCAUCGAUGCCAUCAACGCUUUUAAGAAUGAUUUUACAGAACAUGAGUUUGGUGUCUCUUGGGAUCACCUGAACUCGGAAACAAACCCCGACGAUGACUACUUCCUCCUGCUCGUCUGCGAUCUGGAUGACCACUGCCUCCGGGUGCUGCCAAACAUAACGUCGAGGUCCCACCAGCCUCCGCAGACCCCAGAGGACGCACGGAGGAUCCUUGUCGAGGUCUUAGGACACAGCCAGCGGUAUGCCCUUGCCCUAGAGACAUUCUUCUUAGAUCAGAGUCUGUACGAAGACGUAUUUCUUCGCCAGGUAGACAAUGUCCACAGAUACCUUGAGGAUCUCAUUAGGAUUCUCUUGGAGGAUGUAGGAGCGUGUCAACUCUCUCCCAGCGAACAAAUGAUCAACAGCUUUAUCCAGAGGGUGUUCCACGGCGUCCAGGAAGACCCAAGGAAGCUCCGGGACUUUGCUGUACUACGCCAGUGCCUCCUAGGGAUGCGCUUUAUUGCGGAUGUUUUUUCUGGUGGUAUCUGGCAUCAAUACCAGUAACCGUUAACCUGUGGAAUAAAUAUUCACAACAUUUUCCGGGAUGUCUAAUUUCCUAAAUACAUUGGUACCCACAUAAAUAGAUGAAGACUUCUUCAUUCAUGCAUUAUUGUCUGCGUCUCCAAAUCAGUAACUUGAGUGUCUCUCUCUUGUAUAUCGAUCACUAUGCAUGUAACCAGAAUGUCUGCAUAUGACUGACUUCAUGAUGUACAGAAAUAUUGUCCCUCGAAUAAAAUUGUUUCCCUAU